AUGCCACCAGAUGAGGUACAAGAAACUCAACAGGAAGAAGUUCAGAUACAACCAGACAUGGAAGAAAUAGUUCAGCAACAACAGCUAGAAGAGCCUGAAGGAAACGAACAAGUCCCUCCUUUGGAAACUAACUUCACAGAACUAGAUGAAGAUUUGGAACAGCCGAAAAAUCUUGACCCUCAACAAGUGUAUGCGGAGAAUAUGGAAUCUUUCCAAGAGUCUAAGAAAAAUUCGGCCGACAUAGUAGAAGAAUAUCGAAAAAUGUUCGCCGACAUACAAAAGACUCCAACAUCAGAUGAAAAUAUUCAGCAUAGAAUGGAA